AUGAUGCAGAUACAUACAAAACACAGGCUUCAGAAUCCCCCCUGCUGUGGAAACCCCAUCAAGCAAAUAUUGGAAGAACUUGCAACAAAAAUAAACUCCAAUCAAACCUGCAAGUUUAAUAUCAACCGUGCAUCUGUGCUGGAUGGUGCUGUACGGGGAUUUACAAGACUCUCAUACAAUCCAAAUAACAGAAUGGUGAUCAGGUUUUCUGAUGAUAAAGGAAAGUAUGAAGAGGCUAUUGAUCUGGGUGGUCCAAGGCGAGAAUUUUUACGGCUACUCCUGGUGGCACUAAUGCAGUCAUCAAUGUUUGAGGGAAAAGAGGACAGUCUCAACUUGGCUCUUGAUUCCCAAGCCAUCAGGGAGAACAGGUAUUUCAUAGCAGGGAGAGCAGUUGCAGUCAGCCUUGUACAUGGAGGACCUGCACCGGGUUGUUUCUCUAAGACCCUAUUUGACAGUUUAGUUCAGGGGCCAGACAUGUGCAUACCUGUCUUGGACGAUGUAGCUGACUGCGAGCUUUAUAAUAAAAUCAAAAAGGUUUCUGAAGCCACAACUCUUGAAGAGCUACAACACUCAACUGAGCCCAUUAUGGACUACCUUGCCAACGCAGGUUGUCUAAGGCCAUUAAGAAGCAUUGCCGACAGGGACAGGCUGGUUGAAGACUUACUGAUGUUUCAGGUGGUGAAUCGUGUUCGUGGACCAUUUGAAAGGUUCAGGGAUGGACUAAAAACUCUUGGCGUCCUUGCAAAAGUCCAACAACAACCAGAAGCUUUUAGAUCCGUGUUUUGUCACCAGCCAAAUCAGCUGACAGCAGACAUAAUGGAUGACCUAUUUGAAAUACAGUGGUCAGAGAAUGGGAGCAACAAACGAGCAAAUGAGAACAGAGUUAUUGCUUUCUGGAGGGACUACCUGCAGGAUGUGGAAGGUAACCUUUUUAAUAAGCACAUUUCACUUUUAAUAAGUUACAGACAAUGAUUAGUGGAACUGGAACAUUUCAUGGCUUGCUCAUUCAAAUAUAUUUGAAGUGCAUCAUAAUUUAAAUCAAUUCAUUGAUUUGAAGCAGUAAAUGAUCAUUUGUUCUGCAAUAUAAAGACAAAUCUCAAUAUGAAGUUUUUUAGUGUCGUGAUUUUCAACGCAUAUUGUUGUAUGUGACACUAUUGCUGCAAGUGUUCUACUAACUCCAUUGCUACAAUAUCUAUAUGUAUAUACAGUUGUGCUCAUAAAUAUAUCUCUUCUAAAAGUGAUAUUUAAAAAAGACAGAUCGUAUGAAUCACGUUUUCAUACAAGGGAUCGUAUGAAUUACAUUGUUUUAUUUAGCACUGACCUGAAUUAGGUGUUUCACAUAACACAAUAAUACUACUUGAAUUUACCAAAAUAACCCAGUUCAAAGGAGUACAGUCUGUUCAUUCUAAAUUUUAUGCGUUGUUGUAUGUUUUUGAGCUUCGUGAUAGCUGUUCAUGAGUGUCUUGUUUUAUUAGCCAUUGAUUAAACUGUCCACAGCACUUUAAAACAAUCCUUCAAAUUUUCUGCUUUUCCAACAUUAUCUGCAUUUGUGAGAAUGUCCCAACAGUGACUUAUGAUGUAUGAUGUAAAGAUUUAUCUUUUCACACUAAGGAUAGUUGAGAGAUUUAUACACAUCAAUUACUAAAGUUUCAAAUAUUAAGUGAUGCAAAU